CAAAGCUUGGCAGCACUGAAUAGCCAAUCAAAGAAAAACGUAGCUCCAAGAACCAUGGAAUCUUCAACUUCAUGUUUCAGCCUCGUUUCAUUCGAAGAAAAAUUCCACCGGAGAACUUUCAAAUCUUCAAAUCUUUCACCUCAAACCAUAAAUAUCGAUUCGGAGACCACAAUUAAUGUUUGGGCACCGAAUAAAAGCUCUAAAGCUACCGUAUUCAAACCAUCAUUAGUCUUACUUCAUGGUUUUGCAUUCAACCCACUUUGGAAUUGGUGUAAUCAAGUUAAAUUUCUAUCAAAUCAUUUCUGUCUGUACAUUCCGGAGCUGAUUUUCACCGGAAAAUCCACAACUACUUCCUCCGAAAGAACCGAGAUAUUUCAAGCAGUUUCGAUUGGAAAAGUAAUGGAUCACCUGGGAGUUAAGACAUACUCAGUUGUAGGUUCAAGUUAUGGUGGCUUUGUUGCUUAUCAUAUGGCAAGAUUGUUCCCUGAGAAAAUUGAGAAAGUUGUUAUUGCGAAUUCUGCUAUAAAUAUGAGAUUGAAAGAUAAUGAAGAAUUAUUGAAGAAAAUAAAUUUCGAGAAAAUCGAAGAUUUAUUGUUGCCGGUUAAAGCUUCGCAGCUGCGCAUGUUGCUGAGUUUAACUUACUAUAAACCUCCAUUUUCACCUGAUUUUCUGUUAAAGGAUAUCAUCAAAACUACGAUGUCUGAUAGGGAGGAAAAUUUACAACUCCUGAAGGGAUUAACAAUUGGAAAAAGUAACACGGUCGAAAUCUCUAUCCUACAACAACAGGUUUUAAUAAUAUGGGGUGAGUACGAUGGAUUAUUUCCAGUGGAGAAAGCUUAUGAGCUCAAAGAGCUUCUUGGAGAAAAGGUAAGUUUGGAAGUCAUUAAGAAAACGUCACAUGAACCGAUGCUCGAAAACCCAAAGCUCUUCAAUGAUAUCAUUAUGAAAUUUGUAACUGAUCACUAGCUACUACUUUGGUUAAGUUAACCAAGUCAAAAUAUUGCUCGGUGUAUGAUUGAAGUCCCUCCCUUUGGCACAGCUGAAUAUCAAUUUUCCCUAUUCGUAAAUGCAAGUGUGUUCUUAGUCAAAAGUGAAAUAUUUGUGUAAUUGUGUUCAUGCUAUUUGUAAUUGUAAUUUUCGUCAUUUUAUUUUUUUAUUUUUUUUGUGAUCU